UGCGGGGAUAAUGGACCAUAAUUGCCGGAGGGCUGAGUUUCUGGGAAAAACUGAACCUGACGUCACGUGCCAACUGUUGCAAAAUCCAGCGGUCUGCGAUUUAAAUUCAAAUUUCCAUUCCGAUCCGUUGUCAACUCCUCCACUUUCAAGCCCUUCGUUCCCACAGCCAUCUGGAGGGCAUUACCACCAGAUACUUUCCUUUCUUAGCUGUUAUAAUAGUACUAAAUAGAUGAGAUAACCUUGGAAAGUUGUAAUAUAUUUGAUACGAUAUGAUAUGAUUUAAUUACCCAUAUCUCGGUAACCAAUCAUCACAGAGCUUUUUAGUAAAAAGUAUUUCCAUUAUUGCAAAUGUCCUGUCAAAACCCUAUUUUAAACCUUUGGUAUUCUUAAGGAAGAGUGUUGGCUAUUCGUAAUCGUUGCUUCUUUCUGCUGCUGUGUUGUUGUUGUUGUCGUGCUACAAGCUUAUUAUAAUUAAGCAAUUUAUUUAAUUUCUAAUUAUUUCUUAUCAUCCGCAUGACAACUCUGUGAAAAAAUUAUAUAUACCAUACGUGUGAGCAGUCGGAAGGAGGUGCCCGUUUUGGCGGAAGAGCCGAGGAAAAAUAAAGUCGAGAUAGAUCGCUUUUAGCCUGGUGCAGAUGCAGAUACAGAUGCAAAGAUACGGAGCUGCCGAGAUACAAAGAAACAGUUACAUAUAUGCCGCCAAAGACUUGAAACCGCCUUGUGAUUUAUAUUUACUUUUGUUUUAUAUAUUUUAAAGUGUGUAUUUUUUCUCCCCCCCCUUUUUUUUUUGAAUACUUAUACUUUUUGCUUAGUCUUCUAAUGGGAAUGAAACCUGUGCUGUGGGUUGAUUUCUUGCAGCGAUUGUGGUACACGAUAAUUGGCCGCAAUUACGAUCUGGGGAGCUGGGAAGUUCAAAGUCAGGGUCAUGAGGUGCUGAGAUCUUGCCUUCAAGUUCAACGAGCUUUGUCAGUAACAAAAAUAUAUAUACUUUUUUUGGCAACCAAAAUUUACUCGAAAUGGCCAACGAAAAAAAAGACGAUAUCAUGGGCUGUGACUUUGAGAUCCGCGGCAAAGUUCCCAAAGAGGCCUUCCAACUGUUCGCCCUCGCCCAGGCUAAAACUCUGGGUCUCCGGGGAUUCAUCACCCAGGUGUCGGAGGAGAAGUUCAAGGGUCGUCUGGAGGGCGAGGGCAAGGUGAUCGAUGCCUUCAAGAAGCUAAUCCUGGCCGCCGCCGAAUAUGUGCAGGCCAUCAAGGAAUUCAUCAUCCGAAAUCUGAAGGUCAUCCAGGAGUACACCUACAAGACCUUUGAAAUUAAAGUGGAGCAAAAGUGA